AUGGAUGUCGACAAGUCGGGUAUCGAGACGGGCAUUGACUUGUUGGUCGACUUGUUCUUCUGCGUCGACAUGGUGCUCAAUUUCAGGACGGGCUUUGUGGACGGCGACGGGCUGAUCAACACGGUGCCAAGCGAGAUCCGAAGCCGGUACUUGAAGACAUGGUUUGGUAUUGAUUUGUGUUCUACGGUGCCCGUGGACCACCUGAUGGACCUCGUGGCCUUGGCCACCGGGUCGGACGGGUCGGGGAGAUCGGCCAGGGCCCUGAAGAUGUUCAAGACCCUGCGCCUGCUGCGCCUGCUGAAGCUGGCCCGGCUUCUGAAGAUGGGCCGCCUGGUCCGCUCUUUCGAGGAGGUGGUUGAAGUCUCGCCCAUUGUUGUCAAAUGCUUUAAGUUAUCCGGGCAGCUUAUCAUUCUCGCCCACGCCAUCGGCUGCUUCUGGUUCCACAUGUCGACUCACCAGGACGUCAAUGCUGACGGGUGUUCGUCGGGAAUGUUGGGUUGUUCACCGGGUGAUUCGGCCACCACGUGGUGGGAAGAGAUCAACAUUACUGCAGACGACAAGGGGGAGCAGUACAUUGCGUCCUUGUAUUGGGCAUUCACUACCAUGACGACGGUCGGCUACGGCGACAUUAUUCCCAAAAACAGCUACGAGCGAGUGUACGCUAUCAUGGCCAUGCUGCUGGGGGCGCCCAUCUUCGGCUACAUCGUCGGGUCCAUCGCUGCGCUGGCGGGCCAGAACAACAGCACCUUUGAGGCGCAGGGGAAGAAGCGAGUCGGCACCGCGCUGGAGUUCUGUGCCGAGCAGCAGGUGGGUAGGAGGUACCGCGAGCGGCUGCACAAACACUACCAGUUCUUGUAUCAGCAGCGCGCUCCACACCUCGAGCCGCACCUGCUGGCGUCGCUGUCUGGCCCGCUGCGGAGGGAGGUCACCGUGCUCAUCAACCGCCACGCCAUCAGCAAGAUCUGCCUAUUUGGCGCCGGGUCAAGCGACACGCCCGACCAGCAGCUGCCGAGGUGGUUCGUGGCGUGGGCGAUGCGGCUACUGGAGCCGCAGACGGCCGCAAAGGGCCACGACAUCCUGAUCGCGGACGAGCAGGCCGCCCCGCACGAGAUCUUCUUCGUGUACGAGGGCUACUGCGAGGCGUACCUCCAGGCGCCCAGGUGCAACCGCGCCAGGAAUCUGCCCGUGGACGUGCUCGAGAUAUCGUCCGCCGACGGGACGGAGGACACACCAGGCUCCGCUGCGCGCCACUCCGGGGGGGCCCACCACCGCCGGGAGCAGCAGGGCGGGGCCAAGUCCCCGGAGACCGCCGGGAGCAGCAGGGAGGACGCCGGCGCGCACGCGGACGCGGGCGGCGCCGCGCCACGGGCCUCCCUGUCGAGCUCGACGACGCUGAUGGUGUUGGGGCCGGGGUGCAUGUUCGGCCUGGAGCACCAGCUGGACAAGAGCCUCCAUUACUCGGUGCGGUGCGGCAGGGACCGAGGCGACCUGCUUGUUGUACGUGCUCAGGCAGUCGGCGAUCGUGGAGGUCGCGCAGGCCUCGCCGGAGAUGGCUUCCACCCUGCGCAGCGCAACGACCGCCGCCCUGCUCCGCCAGAUGAAGCUGAGGUCGGCAGACUACGACUGGAUCCGGCGGCACCCUGGGCGUGGGCGAG